AUAGGAGCCCUUGGAAACAGGUGGAUUGCACAAAAACCUAGUGUCUCCUCGUUUAACCAGCUGAUACAUAACUAUUGGUCUGGUGCAGAGAGGCAAUAUAAUGUCAGCUCAUGAGUUAGAAGAAAAAAGUAGCGUAGAGAUGAUGAGGAGCAAAAGUAGCAAUGGAGCUAUUCUGACAUGGAAUGAUCUCUGGGUGAGGAUUCAUAAUGGCAACAAAGGUUGCAAAACCAUUCUUCAAGACCUCACCGGCGUCGCCCUCCCCGGUCAGGUCUUGGCCAUCAUGGGUCCAUCUGGUUCUGGCAAGACCACUCUCCUUGAUGCUUUGGCUGGACGAUUAGAUUCCAACGUAACGGAGGCUGGAGAAAUUCUAAUCAACGGUCGUAAACAACCUCUAGCCUACGGCACAUCGGCAUAUGUGACUCAAGACGAUAUCCUAACAUGGACACUGACUGUACGAGAAGCCAUGUACUACUCAGCUCAACUACAAUUACCCAACUCCAUGAGCACAAGAGAGAAGAAAGAGAGGGCGGAGACGGCCAUAAGAGAGAUGGGUUUGGAGGAGGCCAUGAACACUAGAAUAGGAGGGUGUGGGAUGAAGAAAGGGCUGAGCGGUGGUCAAAAGAAAAGGCUGAGCAUUUGUACGGAACUUUUAACCCGUCCAAAGCUUUUAUUCCUUGACGAACCAACCAGCGGGCUAGACAGUGCAGCCUCGCUCUACGUGAUGAGAGGUAUUGUCAACUUAGCUCCGCCGGAGAACAUGACUAUCGUCGCUUCCAUUCAUCAGCCUAGCUCUGAGGUUUUUCAGCUCUUCCACUCUCUCUGCCUUCUUUCUUUGGGAAGAUGUGUGUACUUUGGUCCCCCCACUGCAGCAAAUCAGUUUUUUGCAGUGAAUGGGUUUCCCUGCCCCACUCUUCAAAAUCCCUCUGAUCACUUCCUUCGAACUCUUAAUACAGACUUUUAUAAGGAAGAUAGCGAACAAGGGUUUUGUGGGGAGAUGAGAGCAGAAGAAGUUAUAAAUAUGCUUGAAAGGGCUUAUCAGUCAUCUGAGACGUACAAGCAAAUCUGCCAGGACAUAGAUGAAAUACGUGGACAGAGGCGAUUAAGGACAUUGGAGAAAGGAGAACAAGCAAGCUUCAUAAGACAGUGCGUGAUUCUAACCAAGAGGUCUUCACUGAACAUGUGUCGUGACCGAGGAUACUACUGGCUUCGCCUUCUUAUUUAUAUCGCUUUGGGUUUAGGUGUUGGCACCGUCUUCUUCAACGUUGGAUCGGAUUUCCCUUCGAUACAAGCUAGAGGUUCGAUGCUAAUGUUUGUUGCUACCUUCUUGACCGUCAUGGCAAUUGGUGGUUUCCCUUCCUUUGUUGAGGACUUAAAGGUGUUUCGUCGGGAAAGAUUAAACGGGCAUUACGGGGCAGGAGCAUUCGUGAUUGCCAACACACUCUCCUCAACACCAUUCCUUUUUCUCAUCUCUUUAAUCCCUGGAGCCAUCACAUACUACCUCGUAGGUCUCCAACGAGGAUACCAACACUUCAUCUUCUACGCUCUCACCCUCUUUGCCUGCAUGUUAUUAGUCGAGAGCUUGAUGAUGAUGGUGGCCAGCCUAAUGCCAAAUUUCCUCAUGGGUCUAGUCACAGGUGCAGGAAUCCAAGGUCUCAUGAUGCUCAGUGGCGGCUACUUUCGCCUCCCAAAUGACCUUCCUACAUUUCCAUGGAGAUAUCCUUUGUACUUCAUCUCCUUCCACAAGUAUGCUUUUCAAGGACUGUACAAAAAUGAAUUUACAGGGCUGAGAUUCCCCAUUGAGGAUGGGAAGAGUUACAUCAAUGGUGAAGAGAUUUUGAAGGAGAUAUGGGAAGUAGAAAUGGGUUAUUCUAAGUGGGUUGAUCUUGGUGUUUUGUUUGGGAUGGUGGUUGUUUAUCGAAUUCUUUUCUUUGGUGUACUGAAGAGUGUUGAGAAGUUUAAGUUUGUGAUGAAGAAGAUUAUGUCUGUUAAUCCUUUCAGAAGAGCAGAGAAUGUAGUGGUGAUUCCUGCUGAUUCGAAACUUGAUGGUGAUGAUGAUUAAUUGGGAAAUUCAAACAUAUAUAAUAACUUAAUUCCCCGGUGACCAUGCUUUGGGGCUCAAACUCAAUUCCUCAGUCAAUUGGCGCUGGAACUUCGGCUACUUUAGCCAAAAAACGCAGUUUCGACUCAUCAAGAUUCAAUCUAUUUGUGGGGUGCCCGCCGGUUGACAUCUCUUCUAAUUCGUCGAUACGAGAAGCAAAUUGUUGUGUGAAGGAAUCAAUAUCUCGACAUAAGCCAAGAGAAGACACCGUCCUCUGCGAAGAAAA